CCCCAUUUUUCAAAUUGCUCGAAUCACUGCUCCGCUCUCUCUCAAGUCGCAGUAGCCUUCUCUCCCUGUUGGGACGCUGCAUCUCCGACAAUUUCAUCCACGAGAAGAAAUUCUUUCAAGCUUUCACAAGCAAUGCCGUUCUUAUCGGACACGGCCAGUGCAAUCAAGAGCCGCUUCGGGUUUCAGGAUCACACGUUGAACAGUGCGAAUCCGCCGCGUGGUUCUCCGGAUUUUCUUAAAUCGGCGUCCAAGGAGAGUGUCGCGCCGCCGUCGGCUAUACGGAGUAUUAGCCAGUUCAACGAUGAAGAUGCAGUCGGUGACGUUGCUGGAUCGUCGAGCCAGAGCUUUGAGCUUCGAGAAGAUCCCGCGUUCUGGAAGGAUCACAAUGUGCAGGUGAUCAUAAGGAUUCGCCCACUUAGUAGUUCAGAAGUAUCUUUGCAAGGCUAUGGAAAAUGCAUUAGGCAGGAGAGCUGCCAUACUGUUACAUGGACAGGGCAUCCUGAAUCGCGCUUUACUUUUGAUUUAGUUGCAGACGAGCAUGUCAGCCAGGAAAAUCUUUUCAAAGUGGCUGGAUUACCAAUGGUGGAUAACUGUGUGGGGGGCUACAACAGUUGCAUGUUUGCGUACGGACAAACUGGAAGUGGAAAGACUCACACCAUGCUCGGAGACAUUGAGGGAGGUUCACGAAGACAUAGUGUCAACUGUGGGAUGACACCCAGAGUAUUUGAAUAUUUAUUCACGAGAAUCCAAAAGGAAAAAGAGGCCCGCAAAGAUGAGAGGUUGAAGUACACGUGUAGAUGCUCAUUUCUGGAAAUAUAUAAUGAACAGAUACUUGAUCUAUUGGAUCCAUCAUCCACCAACUUACAGAUUAGAGAAGACAAUAAGAAAGGGGUCUAUGUAGAGAACCUCAAAGAGAUAGAAGUUACAAGUGCUCGAGAUAUUCUUCAGCAACUUAUUCAGGGUGCUGCAAACAGAAAGGUAGCAUCAACCAAUAUGAAUCGUGCUAGCAGUCGUUCCCAUAGUGUAUUUACAUGCAUCAUUGAAAGUAAGUGGGAAUCCCAAGGCGUGACUCACCAUCGUUUUGCUCGACUUAAUCUUGUUGAUUUAGCCGGAUCUGAAAGGCAGAAGAGUUCUGGAGCUGAAGGUGAACGUCUUAAGGAAGCUACUAAUAUUAACAAGUCUCUUUCUACAUUAGGGCUCGUGAUAAUGAACCUAGUGAACAUAUCCAAUGGGAAGUCACUUCACGUACCUUACAGGGACUCCAAGCUUACAUUUUUGCUUCAGGAUUCUCUAGGAGGGAAUGCAAAAACGAUCAUAAUUGCAAAUAUCAGUCCUUCAAGCUGCUGUUCUUUGGAAACGCUAAGCACGUUGAAGUUUGCACAACGUGCUAAAUUUAUAAAGAACAAUGCAAUCGUGAACGAAGAUGCUUCUGGAGAUGUAAUUGCCAUGAGGCUACAGAUUCAACAACUCAAGAAAGAAGUAUCCAGGUUACGUGGUUUAGCUUGUGGAGGAGGAGAUAAUCAAGAUAACGAUAGUUUUGCAGCAAGCUUUCCGGGAUCUCCAGGAACCAUGAAAUGGGAAGGACUUCAUGGAGCAAUGAGCCCUCUUACAACUGGUAAAAGGAUGUCUCAGAGAAGAGACUAUGAAGUUGCCCUUGUUGGGGCCUUUAGGAGAGAAAAGGAUAAGGAUAUGGCGUUGCAGGCAUUGGCUGAUGAAAAUCAGGCAGCAAUGCAACUGGCCAAGCAAAGAGAGGAUGAAAUACAAGGUCUUAAAAUGAGACUGAGGUUUCGAGAAGCGGGAAUAAAAAGGUUGGAAGCAGUUACUUCUGGAAAGAUCUCUGCAGAAACACACUUACUGAAAGAAAAGGAGGAACAUUUGAAGGAAAUUGAGGUUUUGAGAAAUCAGGUAGAUCGAAACCAAGAGGUGACCAGAUUUGCUAUGGAAAACCUGCGUUUGAAGGAAGAAAUUAGAAGGUUGAAGUCAUUUUAUGAAGAGGGCGAACGGGAGAUGGUGCAUGAACAGAUCAUGGUAUUAGAGAACAAGUUACUGGAAGCACUAGAUUGGAAACUUAUGCAUGAAUCAGAUCCCUCGAUAAUCCAGAAAGGAAACUCGGGCGUCAUAGCAGAUGUCGAUGAUGAUAACUUUCUUAUUACCAAUCAGGAGCGGGGAUCACCAUGGAAAUCUUCAAUUAAUGAGGAGAAUGAAUUCCUUCGCAUGCAGGCCAUUCACAACCAAGACGAAUUAGAUACACUUCGCAAGAAACUUGAAUUAUGCGUGGAAGAAAAGGAAACGUUGGAAAGGCGUGUAGAUGAAUUGGUAGCAAAACUCGAGUCUAAGGGACAUACUGGACCUGUGGAUGAAGCUAAUCAAGUUGCGCUUCCUUUGGCAACAACUGACAUGUCCAUCAUCAAUUUUAGUGACCAAAUGGAGUUAAAGACCAUGGUUGACGCCAUUGAUGCUGCAAGCCAAAGAGAAGCGAGUGCUCACGAAACAGCAGUAAAAUUGUCUAAAGAGAAUGAUGAACUGCGGAUGAAGCUAAGAAUUUUAAUAGAGGAUAACAAUAAACUCAUCGAACUGUACGAAAUGGCAGCUUCAGAAAGCAAGUACGGAAGUGUAAAUAAAGAUGAAACUGCACAGAAUGAUGCUAAAGCAGUUGAAACUUCCAAUGAAAAAGAGGAUCAUGAGAAAGAGGUUGAGAAGCUACAGCAACAGCUUGUGGAAAUGCACGAGGAAAAUGACAAGCUAAUGAGUUUGUAUGAAGGGGCCAUGCAAGAAAAAGAUGAGCUCAAAAGGAUGCUUUCUUCUGUUGAACGCACAAAAGUUGACACCAGAGGAGAAUCUGAUUGCAUCGAGAAGUUUGUUGAAGUUGAUGACGGGAUGAAUAAGGGAAAUGUUGAACCUCUCAACCCCAAUGAAGCACAAAAUUUGGUUUGCCAAUCUAUACCACCUGACAUGGAAAUACAGAUGCAUGUUGGAACUCAGAUGGAAAUCGAAUCGCCAGCUCUUAUUGAAGAAAUGUUGCCAGUGCCAGAAGAUUUAAGUUUGGUAAGAAAGAUGCUCGAAAGAGCAGAUGAACAGCUUUCAGAUUCAGCCAGAACUGUCACUGUAUUAAGUUCACUUGAGAAGAUGAUAUUUGAGGCUGAUAAACUGUCGAGACAGGUAGACGUUGUGGAAGAUGAAGUUCAAACGAAGCAGAAGGAGGUUGAAUCUUUUAAACUCAUCUUAUCAGAAAAGCAAGAAAGUAGAGAUCUCGCAAAGAGUAAGUUUUGUGCUCUGAGAUACUCUCUGACUAACUUCUCUUCUUCAAUACUUUAUUUUGAACAACGAGAAGCAAGGGCAAGAGCAAGGGCACAUGCUUCAAAGUCUAAUUUGGAUCAGAGGAAAAACGAGUUGGCAUUCCUUCAAGCACGCCGAGAAGAAAUUGAGACCCGACGUGUGAAGAUCCAACAAUCUGAAGUGGAACUGAGGAACAACCUUGCAAGCUUAAAAUCCAAAUUAGAUGAAGAAAGUGAAAAACAAGAAAAUGACAAGGUCCUCUUUGCAAUAGAUAAUGUUGAAAAAACAGAUUGCCAACCUAAGAACUGGCAAUUUAGUGGUCGAGCCACAGAUUUACUCAAGUCUGCAGAAGAGAAAACGAAGUUGCAAAAUGAGAUAAAGCUAGCCAAAGAAAAACUUGGGGUCAUAAGAAAGGAACUUGAAGAUUUGACAAGAAAAGCUAGAAAGGUUGACAGUGAUAUUGAAGCUGUUCAGUUGGAGGUACAGAAAGCUUCAUGGUCGAUCGACGAGAUGGAAGUUGCACUUCAUGGGGUAAUCAAUGAGAAGGAGACCUUGCUGGAAAUUAGAGACACUGGAAUAACAGAAUUCGAGAACAUAAUUUUGGAGUACCAAGAGUGCCUGUUUGAAGCAGGUCUGAAGGAGGCAGAGAUAAAACUUCUGGAAGAAGAACUGCAGAUAGAACAUAGAAGGAUGGAGGAACUGGUAACUGCAAGAUCUGUAGCCAUCCAAAAAACAAGCCAAUUAUUAGAGGAUACCAGGCAUAACUCAAUCUUCUUAUCUGAAAAAAUGGAAGAAGAGCUCAGAAGCAUUCACUCUACAGUCAUGGAGGCAAAAUUACUGUUAGGGGAGGGAAAUUUACAUCACAGUUAAGUUUUCAUUUAACUGCUGCCACAAUUUCUGUAUAUUUGCAGGUGAAAGAUGAUUAUGGAUUAUUGAUGAUCCCCUUGUUAUAAAUUGUUUUCAACUAACUAUUCUAAACAUGUUUGUUUGAGAAAAAAGAUAAGUUUUUUUUUAAUAUAUAUAUAUAUAUAU